UAAAUACAUACGAAAUACACACAUUUUAGCUUGGUUUAUGCAUUGCAAAAGUAACAAAUUAAAUUCCUAUUUGGGAGACACUGAAUUAAUACUUGUAGUUCAUGCAGAAAAUUAACAGUAAAUUUCAAUUACACCAACUUUUAACAUCGUAGUUUAAUUACUCAAUUUUGUGAGGUUAUGUGUACAGAAUACGUCAGAUUUGUCUGUAUCGGUGGUAUUAUUUUGUCUAUUCGAGUUAUUGCGCCGAUUCCCGCCGUGGUAUUUUAUUUUUAAAACUCAUAUCAAAAAAAUAGUAAAAAGCAAUGUCUGAAAGUCAGUAAUGUCCUUUAGACGGUCGAACAUUGAUACACAGUCAGGAGCUAUCGACAUUUGUAUGUUAAUUUCAACUUUUAUUGAAUUUAAAUCUAGUCAAGACUACAAAAUUUCUUAUAUACCCCGUAUAAUUUAAGGAUAAUACCUUAAAGAUCUUUAUUAUGAUGGGAUAUUAUAUCUUUUUUAGUAAAAUGUCUGUAUUAUUCCGUAUACCUGAUUUUUGUUGGUAUGGGUAAGUUAGCGCGUGCUGUUACCAUCGAAGAAUCAAGUUCCACGUACUUUUAUUUUUCAUCGGUAGUCCGCUUGUAGUAGACCAGCUGACGUUUAGUACGAAGUCUGGCUGUGAUGCAUGAAUAGAUGCAACACUGUGAGCAGUCGUCUCCACAAUUUUCGCGCGAUGUAUUAAAGAUUCGUACUUCGUCUUUUUUUUUCAAAUUUUUAUCUGUUUUUAGAUAGUUUAUAGGUGAUAAAUUUCAUCAUUUGUUUUAUUUACGUUUAGAUAAUGUAUCAAAACGAGAUUUUUAUUUUAGUAAAUUGCAAAGUUUAAUUUUAUUUGUGGCUUUCGGUAAAACUGUGGAAAUAUGAGUGACUUUUGUUUGGUGUGGACUCUGCUCGUUAUAAAUUUGGGAUUCGCUUUGAAUUCUAAACCUACACUAGAAAACAUGUUUUCUCUUCAAAGAAACAUGGAUUCCAUGUACAAAAAUAUGACUAUGGAAUAUUCAGAUUGGACCUUUUGGAGUAGAUGUAACAAAUGUGUUCAAAGAAGAAUGAAAGAAUGUCUGCGAGAAGGUUGCGAAGGACACAGAAUAUACCAAGAAAAACCCUGCGACCAAAAACGAUGUAAACGAAAAUCCAGACAAAAAAAUAGUUUCAAAAUUGUACAUUUGAAUAAGAACAGCAACUAUCUGAUGAAACAAGGUCCUUCGGAUAUUUGGAGUAGAUGGAGCGAAUGGACGUCUUGUAAUAGGAGUUGUAGGACUUCAAGGAAUAGGAAAUGUAAAAAACCGAGUAGAUGCGGAAAGAAAAUCCAAAUAGAAAACGCCUAUUGUUAUCACAACAAAACUAAAUGUGAAAUUUACGUACUUAAUUUGAUAGAUAGAAAUAAAACUAGAGAUUCGAGAAAGUACCACUACGACAGCAGUACCAACCGUCACAACAACACCGUCAGCCAAAAUCGUAAAAAUAAAAGAACCAAAAGAUGCGGGAUACCCAAUAGAAAAUCCACAAUGUUGCGUAUAAUAGGCGGAGUCGAAGCCAGAAGGUAUAAAUGGCCUUGGCAUGUUGCCGUUUUGAACCAGUAUGGGGAAGCGUUUUGCGGCGGUACCCUAAUUGCACCACGAUGGGUACUAACAGCGAAUCACUGUAUUAGAAAAUUCCUGAAAGUGAGACUGAAUUCGCACGAUUUACGAUCAACCGAUGGUAGCGAUCUUGAAAUGACGGUCUACAAGAUGUUUCCACAUCCUAAGUUCAGUUAUAAAACAGUAGACAACGAUAUCGCUUUGUUGAUGUUACCUAGAGCCGUUAAGACGCCUAUAGCUUGCCUACCCGAUAGAAAACCGAAAAUCAGGCAGAUUUGCUCGGUAAUGGGAUGGGGAAAAGUUAAUCCGGAUCACGUUUUCGGAGUACCUGUUCUUAAUGAAGCGAAGCUACCGAUUGUUCGUCAAAAAACUUGUCGUAAAUCAUAUAAACAGUUCAUGAUAAGCGACAAUAUGCUUUGCGCUGGUUGGUAUUCGGGCAGAGCUGAUACUUGCGCCGGAGACAGUGGCGGGGGUCUGAUGUGUCCGACUAGAAAAAAUAAAAAAACGUCCUACAGUAUCCACGGAAUCACCAGCUUUGGAGACGGUUGCGGAAGGCGACAAAAAUAUGGAAUUUACACUACGGUGUAUAAUUACAUCGGCUGGAUUAAGUAUAUAAUCGAUCACUAUUCUUAAUAAUAUAAAAUUUCUAAUAAUUUUUUUAUUAUCUCUGUAUUUUUUCAAUCACCCUGUAUAUUCAAGUAGUAUACGGGAUUGAUAUUUAUUCUGACGUCAUACUAAACACGAUAUUAAUCAAAACCGGUAGUGGCUACUGUUACUUUGGUGUAUGCGUAAAUAUUAUAACUAUUUAAAUGUUUUGUCGUUAUAUAUAUAUUUUUUAAAUAUUAGCCGAUUUACAAAUAAAAAAACUAAUCCAAACAAUGUUAACCAAAGGUUAUGCUUGCCUCCCAGCGGCCAUAUUGGUAUUACAAACGUCAAAAUAUUUUGAAAACUACUGGAUUGUAGGAUUGAUGAAUGAUAAAUGACAGCUAUCAGAAGAAGUCGAUAUAAAUCCUUAUGAAUAGAAUUAAAUUAAUGUUACAACUUUUUACUUCUUAAACCUUUUUUUAUAUCUGUUUGUUUAUAACUAAUCAUAAAUUUAGGUCUGUUCUAAUUUAAAAUUAGUUUUUGACAAAACUAUUUCCGUUUUUAUCUAUGGAGUUAAUAUUAAAGAUAGAGAGAGCGAGAUAUGAUAGUUCUAGAACUGUUGAUAGAGAGAGAAAUAACUUCGUAUCUAUCUCUAUAUUCUCUAUUUUGAUUGGAUCGCAAUGACGUCGAAGUUUCAAGUAGUAGGAACAGCAAAUUAAGAGAAUAACAAAUUUUAAUUCUUUUCGGAAGUAGAGGGUGAAAGGGAGCGGUAAACUUUUCUUUCUCUUCCAAUACAGUUCCACUUACAUAUCGCUCUCUCUAUCUUUAAUAUUAACUGUGAUUUUAAUCACAAUAGAACUUGACAUUGACAAUUGACAUUAUGUAAUUAUGAUUAAAAGAUAAAUGUACCUACUGAAAGUAUACGUUUUUACUGUUAAUAGAAAAGGUUAGAAUAUAUAAAAUUUGUGUUAUCAUGUUUAUUAUUACUGACGUCAGAAUAAAGGAGUGUAGUUUUUUUUUAUUUUAUAUACAAUCUUGAUUACUUCGACGAUAUUACAGUGUAAAUUAAAUAUUAUGUAAGUUUUAAUUUCUUUUCUAUGAGAAAUACUUUUGAAACAUAAUAAGGAAUAUUUCGACUUAUAAAACAUCACGUUAAGAAUGUUUUGUUCGAUUUUAUGAGUUUAUUAUGUAGUAUAAUGAAGAAACUAUAGAAAUUUACUCCCGAUUUUCUUUUUUCUUCUGAUUUGGGGGUUAGGUUAGGUUAGUCUCCUCGAAAAUAUUAUUCCAACUAAAAAUCUUUCUGUUUAGAAUGUUUCAAUUUAAUUUAAUUAGUUGCUUGUAAACUAAAUUGACCUAAUUCGCUUUAUAGAAUUAGAACUGGGUAAAUUUCUGUUUAAUUGUUUUUAAUCAAUAUAAUCUAGUCAUUAUUAGCUACUAAACUAAACUGAAGGUGUAAUUGACUGCCAUAUAGAUUUAGGGGCGUAACGUAAGUUAAGGGCGUUAAUUAGGAUUUAAUAAUAAGAUAAUUUUGUACAUACCCCAAUUAUUUAGUUUAUAUAAUAAACUUGUAAUAUUUCACUGUUUCUUUUUUUCAUUUCUUUACCCAAAAUCACUCGACGUUAUGAAUACAAAACGGAGAAUUGCAAAUGAAAACAGGUCGAAAAUUUAAAUGGUAAGAUGAUUUAACGAAUUAAUAAAAAUACUGCAAUUUAGUUUUACUUCGAUACCCCUUUCACAUAUGGAGUGUAGAGGAUGAAUAUCUCUUAUAGGAGAGGUGAAAAAGUGUCCACCUGUAAAAGGCAAAUACAUAAACAGUGAAUACACGUAAUUUAUGUAUUGAAAGUUGCACCAAUUCUAGAAAGAAACAGCACUGGGCUAAGGGAGUAGAUAAAUAUAACGGUGGAAGAAGAAAUUUAAUGGAACACCAUACCAUAAUUUUUUUGUAUUUCAUUUUAAUAUGAAAAAGGAAUUUUAUUUAAAGUGCAGUUUCCUAUUACUUCGUCCUAGGUUAUAUCCUGCUGGUAAAUCCACCACUGGUGAAGGAUUAAGGACUAAGGAAGGUCAUUUUACUAGUGUUUAAAAUAUAAAAAUAAGAUUUUCCUUUUAUUUUGUUAAAUUUUUUAUUUAAAAAUCAAACGAACACUUAUAUAUUACAAACUAUCAUUUAUUUUCGACAAUUACAAUAAUUAUAACAACGCUAAUGUUUUUAUAUCAUCUAGAUAGAUACAAGCUCUAUUUACAAGGAUAUUUAUUGCGCCACAUCAAAAAUCAAUAUAACAAAAUUACAUAAAUAAUUUUUUUUAAAUUUCAUAUUGUGUCGUGAGUAUAUUCCUCAAAAAUUUAUUUGGAAAGUGGCUGGAAAAUAGAUCAAAAAAAUUUCACACAUUCCGAUUGAAUAAAAAUACAUUUGAACUAUUAAAACAUAAUAAACCACUUUUAAGGUCGAAUUUAAAUAAUUAUUGAACAUAUUUUAUAAAUAAAACUAAAGAUUUUGUCAAUUUCAUAGAUAUCUAAAGGUACAUUUGAACUACUGGCAUCUCAUUUUCACUGUAUAUUUGGGAAACUAUCGAUAUUAAGUACAUUUGAACUAUUAAAACAAUCUAUAAGGUCAAAUUGAAAUAACGAAUAAACAAAUUUUAUAAAUUUAAUUGAUAUUUGAAGAUACAUUUGAAUUAAUUUAUCUCAUCGGUAUAAUUUAUGUGUAAACGAAAUAAAACUUAAGAUUUUGUCAAUUCAUGGAUGUCUAAAGAUACAUUUGAACUACUGGCAUCUCAUUUUUAGUGUAUACACAGAAAAUAUGAAACUGUACCGACCUAAAGAUAAAUUUGAUCUAUUGUACAUCAUUUUAUCGAAUGUUAAAUUUGAACUAUUCAUUUUAUCACCAUCAUACAUGCAGAAUGAUUCAAAUUAUACAGAUAUACAAUAUGCGAAUGUACAUUUGAACUAUUAAAACAUAAUGAACCAGCCGUAACAUAUUUUAUAAAUUUAAUAGAUAUAUUUGAACUAAUUUAUGUCAUCUGCAUCAUUUAUGUGUAGACGAAAUAAAACUAGAGAAAAUAUGAAACUUUAUGGAUUGGAAGAUAAAUUUGAUCUAUUGUACAUCAUCUCAUCGAAAGUCAUAUUUGAAUUAUUCAUCUCAUGUGCAGAAAGAUUGAAACUAUACAGAUAUAUGGUGGUACAUUUGAACUACUGGCAUCAUAUGUGUUGUUGAGGAUCGAACUGUACGAAUUUUAUCAAUUGUAUUGAUCUGAAGGUACAUUUGAACUACUGAAUAUGUGAAGAAAUGAAAAAUAAAUAAUUUCUAUAGCGGAAUAACAGAAGGAAGAAAAUAAAAUUCACCAUUACUGCAAUAAUUUUCUAUCUUGAAAAUAUAAAAUCACAGCCAUAUUUUGAGAAAUCUACCCGAUGAUCGGAAAUUUAGUUAUACAAUUUUUUAAAUGUAAUUUAUUACACGUUAAAAAAAUUUUUGUGAACUUGUAACUGUUGUUCUUCGCAAAUUCAAUAUUAUUUACAAUUUAAAAUCCCAUUUUUGUCGUAAACCAAAUUAAUAGAAUCACAUUUCGAACAGUAGCUCACCUAAAAACGAUUCCGCACCAAACGAACUAACAUUACCGCUCGAUAAACUGGUCCAGCUUUCCGAAUCGCUAUCCUCAUUAUCAUCCCCAUCGUCGUUGUCGUCAUCAUUGUUAUCGUCAUUGUUAUCAUUAUUAUCGCCGUCUAAAGAAAAAAAAUAGUUAAAAAUAUAGUUAAUUUGAGCUACAGUUAUUUUUCACCAUCAUUAUCGGAAUCGUUAUCGUCACUUCCUUCAAGAUCGUCUUCUUCUUCAUCGUCUUCUUCCUGAAAAGACAAAAAAAAAACAAAUAAACAACCGUAUUAAGGAAAUAGCGAAUAUAUAGGGUGACUCAUUUAGUAAUAUCAAACUCAGUACCUGUUCGUCUUCGUAAUCUCGUCUUCUUCCUACGUCAUAUACUCGAACAACUGAUUCUUGUACGGAAUUGUACAUCCCUUGAUUUUCUACUAUCGAUAUCUGUGUAUCAAAACGACUACACGCCAAAUCGUAAAUGCUUUUUUUAACAUCAAACGUGGCUGGAAAAAAUAUUUAGAAGAGCUGAAUUAGUUUUAUAUGAACAGUUAUCCGAAGGUACAUUUGAACUACUGGCAUUUUAUUUUCAUCAUAUGUGAAUAGUUAUGAAAUAGUAUCGAACUUGGAAUGGAACUAGGCUGAAUAGGAUAAAGGAAGUAGCUUCAAGAAGAAAAACAACAUUAAAAUGAAAAAUAAAGAAGAAUAUAAAUGAAGAUAAUCAUAACUAUAACAGAUACAAUUUUAAAUAGCAGGAAUAUUUCAGGUUUCGAUCGAAGACAUCUUGUUUGAGCCCCAAUAAAAUUUGAAUUCGAUUCAAUUUAGUAAAGACACCAUUGAACAGAAUUAUAUUGAAUUGAGAUUUAAAGCAAUUAAAAAAAUAAUAAUAUUCAUAGAGUCACUAUUAGUGUUAUAUCAAUUAUCUGAAGGUACAUAUGAACUACUGGCAUUCUAUUUUCAUCAUUGUUUAAACCCCAAUAAAGUUUAUAUUCGAUUUAUUUUAGUAGAUUUCAGACGAAAUUAAAAAGAAAAAUAAUAUUGGAAGAGCUAAAUUAGUGAAAUAUCAUCUGAACAGUUAUCGUACGGUACAUUUGACUUAUUGGCAAAGCUAUGAUGAACAGGAUGUGAUAAGAAGAAAGAAAAACAGAUGAAAUGACAUUGAGAAAUAGAAAAAAAUAAAACUAAAGAUUAUCAGGUACAAAAUAUGACAAAUAAGGGAAUCGUAGAACAAAAACGAAAAAAAAAAAAAAUUGAACAACUUACUUAUACUAGAAUAAUCGAUGGCAUCUACAGUCUUGAAGCUAGUAUCGAACGUCGAGUCUCCAUCAUCCAUUUCCUGUUCCAAAGAUAUUGCGUAUAUCGCUGUAUUCAAUGGAGAAAACGUUAUGGAACACUGGUUCAAAAUUGGUACUGUUUUUAAAAGGUGGAAUGUUCUUAUAUCCCAUACUUCAGUAUUUGACACUAUCU